AUGAAUUUCCUCAUCCUCCUCUCCCUCCUCGCAACCUUGGUUGCAGCAACGCCGAUAUCUCAGGAGCUCGCUCAGGUCGAGCCCCGAGGGGCGGCGCUCAAGGCAUCGGCAGCGAACCCGAAGCUGAUACCCGUCACUGACAUGCUGGUCUUUAACGUGUCACUCGAGACCUUUAUCGCUCGACGCGAUAAACUGGAUCCUGCCGCACUGGACUUUUCAUCAGACAACUGCACUGACGCGCCCGACAACCCACUGGGAUUUCCUUUUACGCCCGGAUGCAACAGGCACGACUUUGGGUAUCAGAAUUUCCAGGCCCAGGGCCGCUUCACGUCGGAGAACAAAAAGAAAAUCGAUGAUAACUUUCAGCAAGAUUUGAAGCACCAAUGUUCCACUCUCAGCAGUGUUAAACAGACGGUAUGCAACGGACUCGCAGAUGUCUAUCACGCGGCAGUGAGGAAGUUCGGAGGACAAGAUGAACUACAGGGAAAGCGGGAUGACUCGCUGGAGGCCGAGUAUCAGGAGAAGCUUGCGAUUUACAAGGCCCUGGAGGCUGAGUAUAUGAGACUAAAGGCAAGGUCGGCUAGCCGACGAGUGCCCCGAUGGGCUGCUGAAGGAUGA